AUGGCAUUCAAUGAUGUUUCUAUUAGCUCCAAGUACUUGGAUGAGGCUGAUAAAUUGUGUUGUGCUGUUAUGGCUGCCCAUCUACAGGGAUUAGCGGACAACUUAUUCGUAAGCAGAGUCGGGAAUGAUUUGACAGUGAAGGAAUACAAAAGACUAUUGGAGAUGGAAAUUGAUCAACGAGUUGAAUUCUGUGACUUAGUGGAAAACAUUUUGAAGAAAAUCGCUGAAUCUGAGGAAAGAAAGAACGAGGAAUUACGCGAGAAGUUACGCACUAGUGAAAUACUGAAGAAAUAUUCUGAAAAUAUGAACUUCAUCCAAGAACAGUAUGAAAAGACUAAGACUCAAAUACUUUCUGGUGAUUUUUCCAUGUUGAAAGAAGAAGUCAGAGACGAAGAAGAAACCGGAAAGAAUACUGAAAUGGAGACCAUCAGUCCUCUCAUACCAAGCUACCAACAAACUGUUGUUGAAAGACCAGUUUUCACUUCACAUUUCGCUAAAAAAAUUGAAGCCGAAUUUCUGGGGAAUUUCGAAAAAAAUGUUCUUGGUCCUAUGAAUGGGUUGAGCUUCCGCGAAGCUGAUGCUCCCCAUUCUAUAAAGAAGUCUGAAAACUCGAAGCUUGAGCUUUCGUCGUUUUCGUCCGCAUGUGGGAUUGGAGAUACUGCAUUCUUAGGGAACUUGUCAGACAUCAACCACGUUUCUGGGCGUAACUCUUUGGUUUCUUCUCUAGAUGGAUCUAUUUGUGUUAAUGAAUCGGCGCAGUGCAGCAAACAAAGAGGUUUAUGCUAUUACUCUCCUAUAGUGAGCAAAACUCCUCCUCCUGCUCCAAACUUCGAUGACUCUGAUGACUUCAACGAUCAAAAUAAGAUUCCAGAUUACUCAGGAGCAGUUGGUAGACUCUCUGAAAAGAAUCAGCCGAUGGAGUUUAGAACUCCUUUAGCAUCCAAGGCAGACUACUCUUAUGUCGAUACAUAUGUGGAACGUCCGAAAUUCUCCUCUACCUUCGGUCAACAGUUCAACGACUAA